AUGCUUCCAGUCUUUGACAUUAAACACGCCUAUCUUGAUCGCAUUUUCAUGGCAAGCGUUCUCAUGUCGCAAGAGCCAGCUGCUCCGCCACCGCCAGGCGUUAUACCGGAUUUCGACAACCCAUCGGGAGGCAUUCACCUGUGGCUGAUAGUGACACAGUUAAUUUGCCUUCCUGUUGUCGCAUGCUUUGUUAUAACGAGGCUGUAUGUCAAACUAUUCAAGCAGCAUGUGUUUUACGCUGAGGACUGGAUGUGUUUAAUAUCUUGGCUCCUAGCAACAACAUGGUUUUCUCUUCAAAUUGUUUCGGCAUAUGGGGGUGGAGGAUACCAUCAAUGGGAUGUUCGGAAGAAUGAUAUGGUUCUGUUUUUGAAACCCGCUUAUAUUUACAGUCAAAUUGUCGAUUUUAUUUAUGCUCGCACGACUAUUUUCCCCAUAUCGGAGAUUGCAUUGGUGGUGAAGACCCGCAUCUGCAACCCUAUUAAAGCCUUUUGGCUUGGUGUCGAAGCUACUAAUGGGACGUGUCUCGAUGUCCUGAAGGUCUUCCUUGCCGACACAACUUUCAGUGUAAUUACUGACUUGAUUAUAUUUGCUCUGCCGAUGGUAGUGAUUCCAGUGCUUCACCUGCCCCUUAUGAAUAAGCUUAGAGUUAUUGCUCUUUUGGCAGCAGGUGGUCUGGUGUGCAUUGUGACAAUUGUCCGGCUGGUAUGGGUGAUCUCAUAUCAAAACUCACUUGAUACAACAUGGACAACCAAACGGACGGAUCUUGUCACCUGUGCCGAGAUUACAAUUGGGAUCAUCUGUGCCUGUCUUCCAAGUGUGUACUUCUUUUUGAGCCAGCACUUCUCUUUUCGCUCCCUGCGAGGCAGCGAGGGUGGAUCGUGA